AGUGCGCAUGCGUCCGAGACGUUUCCGCCUUCCGGGGAGACAAGAUGGCGACACUUCGGCCAUACCUGAAUGCAGUUCGUGCCACUCUUCAAGCGGCAUUGUGUCUGGAAAAUUUCUCAUCACAGGUGGUGGAGCGUCACAAUAAACCAGAGGUGGAAGUGAGGAGCAGUAAAGAACUGCUAUUGCAGCCUUUGAUCAUCAGCAGGAAUGAGAAGGAGAAGGUGCUCAUUGAGGGCUCAAUAAACUCUGUACGAGUCAGCAUUGCAAUCAAGCAGGCAGAUGAGAUUGAAAAGAUUCUUUGUCAUAAAUUCAUGAGGUUUAUGAUGAUGCGAGCAGAGAACUUCUUCAUCCUCCGAAGAAAAGCUGUUGAGGGCUAUGAUAUCAGCUUCCUGAUUACCAACUUCCACACUGAACAAAUGUACAAACACAAGCUGGUUGAUUUUGUCAUCCACUUCAUGGAGGAGAUUGAUAAGGAAGUCAGUGAAAUGAAACUGUCGUUAAAUGCCAGAGCUCGCAUUGUUGCAGAGGAGUUCCUCAAAAAUUUCUGAUGCUGCUUGCGUUUGCUUUCAACUGUCAAGACCAAGGUUACGAGGAACUAUGUGAAACUGCACUGCUGGAAAGAAGCUUUGGGGCAGGGGUGGGUGUAAUCAUCUGCUGAAAGGGGGCUCACACAAUAUCCUAACCAGUUUGCUGGAAGGAGCUUGUACAAUAACUCAACCAGACUGCUGGCUUUAGUAUUAACAAAUCAUUUUUCAAUUGAUACUGUAUUUACAGCAGCAUAUCUGCUGUCAUUAGUUCUUUCACAAAUUGAAGGGACCGAGUUAAUACAUUUGUAUUUUGAAAAAUAAAAACUUUCAUUCAUA